AUGGCGCCAAUUGUUGCUGGCGCUCCUUCCUCUUCGGAGGCUGCGUCAUUGAUUUCUGGUGCUCCUGCCUCUUCAGAGGCUGCGCCAAUGAUUUCUGGUGCUCCUGCCUCUUCGGAGGCCGUGCCAAUGAUUUCUGGUGUUCCUGCCUCUUCAGAGGCGAUGCCAGUUGAUUCUGGCACACCCGCCUCUUUGCAGGCAGUGAAAGUGGUUUCUGUCACUCUUGCUUUUAUGGAAGCAAAACCAGUGAUUUCUGGUACUCCUGCCUCUGUGGAGGCUGUGUCGGGUGUACCUGGCACUCCUGCCUCUCUGGAGGCUGUACCAGCUGUACAUACUUUGGAGGAUGCACCACUGUCCGAUCCUCACACCCCUCCUCAGACGACACCAGCUUUGUCUGGUGUUCCUGAGACUGAUAACCCUCUAAAAAGGAAGGCAGCAUUAAACAAUCGGUCUCUUUUCAGAAAAAAAGAACAAGGUAGUAAGCUGAAAGCUCUUAAGAGGUUCUAA